UAGGAUGCAUAAUUCUGUGUGGCACGCUGCUAACAGCAACACGUUGGUGGAUUUUGACCCUAAAAUCUCUUUAUCAUCAUGUCAUGAUGCUGUUUGUUGCGAUGUGCUUAAUUAAUAUCAAUCAAUAAUUGUUGUCGGAAUAUACAGUAGGAUGAUGCAGAGAUUCAUAACUGAAAGGUCGAAGAAACAGUUAACAACGGAUUCCACUCUUGUAAAAAAGGCUCCAGUAUCUACUUACACUCCUCUGCUACUCCUUCUCAUCCUCCUCACCACUGCCUUUGUCUCUUCCCUCUGGUCUACGCUUUCUACGACUAACACUAAACCGACGAUUAUUGGCAAGAAAACCUCAGUGGCAAAUGUUGUUUCUGCAAAGGAUAGCAAAAGCGAAGAAAAAUCUAGUAGCAGGAAAAGGUUUCAAUUAGAAGCGACAUUAAACUGCAGCAAUAAUGGGAAGCAAAGAUGUACAAGUUAUCCGACAAGUGGAGUGUUUGAAAGGGAGGAGGGAGGGGUGUGUCCGGAGUACUUCCGGUGGAUCCACGAGGAUGUUGGGGCGUGGAAAGAGAGAGGGAUAAGCAGGGAGAUGGUGGAGAGAGCGAAGAAGAGUGCACAUUUUAGGUUAGUAGUGAAGAGAGGAAGGGUGUACGUGGAGAGGUAUAAGAAAUCGAUACAGACACGUGAGGUGUUCACGAUGUGGGGCAUUGUGCAGCUUCUGAGGAAGUACCCAGGUAAAGUGGCAGACCUUGAGCUCAUGUUUGAUUGUGAUGACUUACCAGUAAUCCGUGGGAGCAGCCUGGCUGGGCCUCCACCCCUUUUCCGUUACUGCGGUGACCGCUGGACGGACGACAUUGUCUUCCCUGAUUGGUCCUUCUGGGGAUGGGCUGAGAUUAAUAUAAGGCCUUGGGAACAUGUGUUGAAGGAGAUGGAAAAGGGCAAUAGAAGGAUUAAAUGGAAUGACAGAGAACCAUAUGCCUAUUGGAAGGGAAACCCUUUUGUUGCCGAAACCAGACAAGAUCUCCUCAAAUGUAAUGUUUCAACCACCCAAGACUGGAAUGCUCGUUUAUAUGUGCAGGAUUGGAUUCAAGAAUCUCAACAAGGAUUCAAUAACUCAAACUUGGCAAGUCAAUGCACACAUAGAUACAAGAUAUAUAUUGAAGGAUAUGCGUGGUCUGUGAGUGAGAAAUACAUCCUAGCCUGUGAUUCCGUAACGCUAAUGGUGAAGCCUCGUUUCUAUGAUUUCUUCAUAAGAAGCCUGCAGCCAAUGCAGCAUUAUUGGCCUAUAAGGGACAAGGGCAAGUGCAAAUCCAUCAAACAUGCAGUUGAUUGGGGUAAUAAUCAUAAGGAAGAGGCACAAAAAAUUGGUAAAGCAGCAAGCAAGUUUAUUCAAGAAGAGCUAAAGAUGGAUUACGUGUAUGACUACAUGUUCCAUUUGCUAAAUGAAUAUGCAAAGCUUCUAAAGUUUGAGCCAAGAGUGCCAGAAGGAGCUGAGGAGCUGUGUGUGGAGGCCAUGGCAUGCACAAGAAGUGGGUUAGAGAGGAAGUUUAUGACUGAAUCAAUGGUUAGGGAGCCUUCAACAAAAGCCCCGUGCUCAUUGCCUCCUCCGUUGGAGCCAACGUCGCGGAGGGUGUUUUAUGCCAACAAACUAAAUUCAAUUAGGAGAGUUGAGAGGUGGGAAGAUAACUAUUGGAAAAACAGCACUCAACAGUUGCAUACACGCAUUUGAAUUAAUUAAAACUCAACAAUUAGCAGCAUGCCUUAUUAACACAAGGUAUGCUACGCACACUAGUUAGUCACCCUCUGAGAAAGAAUUCUGGUAAUGCAAAGCCUACAAAAUAUAAAUUAUGCGUUCAGGAUUUAAGUUUGGAUUUAGGAUAUUUAGAAGAGACUGUGAAUCUAGACAGAAUUUGUUCACAUUUAUUUAUUUAUUUAUUUUCCAGGUGUAUCAAUCCCUAA